CAAAUAUAAAAUAUUGGCAAUUACAAAACCUCCCAAAAAAUAAAAAUGUUCAUUACAAUUUUCAAUUAUCAAUUUAUCAUCAUCGUCCCAAGUAUAGUAUAGACUUUAUAGUAAUGGCAUCUCAUCUCAAAAUUUUCGCCACCACUGUCUAUAAAUUUAAUCCUCCCAAUUUCUCUCUCCUCAGCAAAACUUCCCAGAUUCUCUCUCUUAACAAACCCAAAUCUCUGUCUUCUUCUUCUUUCUCUCUCCUCUCUUCUUCUUCUCCUUCUUUCUUCGCUCGAUCUUUGGUCACCUCUACCAUGGAUGACAUUCUUGCUGAUUCUACCAUGGAUGCUGUUCAAAGACGACUUAUGUUUGAAGAUGAAUGUAUCUUGGUGGAUGAGACUGAUAAUGUAAUCGGCCACGAUACCAAGUACAACUGUCACUUGAUGGAGAACAUCAAUGCAGGGAAGGCACUUCACCGGGCUUUCAGCGUAUUCUUGUUCAAUUCAAAAUAUGAAUUACUUCUUCAGCAACGUUCUUCCACAAAGGUGACUUUUCCGCUUGUGUGGACCAAUACGUGUUGUAGUCAUCCUUUGUAUCGUGAAUCAGAGCUGAUUCCGGAGGAUGUUCUUGGUGUGAGGAAUGCUGCACAGAGGAAGCUUCUAGAUGAGCUGGGCAUUCCAGCUGAAGAUGUGCCAGUUGAUCAAUUUACUCCUCUUGGACGCAUGUUGUACAAGGCUCCAUCGGAUGGAAAAUGGGGAGAGCAUGAGCUUGAUUACCUGCUGUUCAUUGUAAAAGAUGUCUCAAUGACACCAAACCCUGAUGAAGUGGCUGAUGCCAAGUACGUCAGCCGAGAAGAUCUCAAGGAGAUUUGCCGGAAAGCUGAUGCGGGUGAGGAGGGUGUGAAGCUCUCUCCUUGGUUCAGGCUUGUCGUCGAUAACUUCUUGUACAAUUGGUGGGAUCAUGUUGAAAAGGGCACCAUUAAGGAAGCUGCUGAUAUGCUUACUAUUCACAGGCUCUUAGAUUAAUCUCUGGCUCCUCAAGAUUACUAUUUCUGUUAGUCUCCUAUAAAAAAGUUGUGUUUGUUGUCUUUUAGCAAUGUCAAAAAGAAAGGGAAAAAAGAUCUGUUGUUGCCUUGGCCUGUUUGCCCCCACACUUGUCCUGUCUAGUAGCAGGAAAAGCUUGUUUAUGCUUUUGUAAUUUUCUUAAAUUUUACCUGAAUUUUCUGGAAUUGUAAUUUGAGAGUGGACUUAUUCUUGGUUGAGAUAUAACAGAUUUAUAAUGCUCUUUAAUAAGACAGUGAUUAUGAUA